CACACCUCAGCAGCACCGUCCAUCGACACCGACCCAUUGGGGCGCCGCACAUCCCAAUGACUUCACGAAUACCCGCCCGGCGGCUCGGGCAGUCCUGCGUCGCUACUUUCCGACCGCGCACCACCUACUGGGUGUCCUCGAGCCGUGCUUUCACCAACUCCUCCGCCCGGUCUGCUGAGCAGAAAGAUGUCGACCUCUCGAACCCGAUCUUGGAAGAGUACCUCGCAAAGCGCAAGCCAAAUGAAAAGCCCGAGCGCCCCCUGCCCCAGCCCGGGAGCCUCUCAAAGACGGGUCUUUUCAAGAAGGAAUAUGAAGUCCCCGGCUACCGCAUGGGCAUGACCCCCGAGGAGCUCGAGGCUCUGAAAGCGCAGAACGCGAAAAGGGACCUCGAAAGGAAUAUCGAGAAGGAGAAGCAGCUGCACGCUCUACAGCUCGACCCCCUGCCUUCCGCCCGCCGGGCAUACGAGCGCCAGCUGGUCAUCAAGAGCCUACAGAAAAGACGCGAGGGCAAGACACUCCGCCUGAAGCGCACAGAAAGGGAGAUGGUGUACAAAUCACAGGACCUCCCGACGAGUCUGAAGAAGAUGACGCGGCUGAUGCACCAGAUCGCCGGCAAGACGGUCGAAGAAGCCCUCAUCCAGCUGCGCUUCUCCAAGAAGCGCGUCGCCCGCGACAUCGUCAAGGGGCUGCAGCUUGCGCGCGAUGAGGCCAUCGCGGCGCGUGGAAUGGGUCUUGGUGCUGCGGUCGAUCCGGAAACUGCAAAGAAAGAGGCUGCGCUGAUCAGAGUGGGGAAGAUGAACAAGGCGGAUAGGACCACAGUGUACCUUGCUGACGGAACGAGGAGAAGGGAGACAAAUGAGAAGGGCACCGUCAUCGAGCUGAGGGAUGGAAGCAAGAAGACUGUUACGGAUCCAACAGAGAUGUACAUCGACCAAGCGUGGGCGUCGAAGGGGCCGGAAUUCAAGAGUCCAGAAUUCAGGGCGCGAGGAAGGAUCAACAUGCUGACCCACCGGUCAGCGAAGUUCAACGUCCUGCUCAAGGAAGAGAAGACACGCAUGCGUGUCUCCGACGAGAUCAAGAAGAAGCGCGCGAACAAGCCGCUCUGGCUGCCCCUUCCCGAUCGGCCAAUCACCGCGCAGCGACAAUACUGUCUGUGGUAGCCUUUUGGAUUCUUGUACCAUAUGUAUACCAGGGGAUGUGCAAUAGACUACUAGCAUUCGCCCAUAACCGGCAUGUACCAUAUAACAUUCAAGCAUAUACAUCCUCGCACGUUCC